AUCCAUGGCACGGAGCAGCGGCGGCGGCAGCAGGAGCCCGGCGCGAUCCGCUAGGUCCCAGCCGGGCGCUCAGCGAGCAGGAGACGCGCAGAGGCCCGGCCUCCCCCAGCCCCGGGGCAGCGCGCAGAGGCUCGGACCGCGCCGCCGGGGGCCGCCUGUGCGGCGCUGACAGCCGCGCCCGCGUCCUCCCCGCCGGGGCGCUCGCCGGACAUGCCCCCCGGGCGCGGCGGCGGGGACCCCGGGGUUUGCCUGCGCCCAGGGCCCCCCAGCCCGCCCUUGGGCGCCCCGGGCCCCUACUGAGCUCGCCUCCCGCGCGCUCAGGUCCCUCGGACCCGCACUCAGACGGGCUGCAGCGCUGUCUGUCCCCGCGGGGCGAUGGGCUGAUGGGCGCCGGGGGACGCAGGAUGCUGGGGGCGCCCGUGCGUCUGCUGCUGUCGCUGCUGCCGUGGCUACUGCUCCUGUUGAGCGACACUCAGGGCGCUCCCGGCUGCCCCGUCCCCAUCCGCAGUUGCAAGUGCUCGGGGGAGCGGCCCAAGGGACUCAGUGGCGGCGCCCCCAACCCAGCGCGCAGGAGGGUGGUGUGCGGCGGCGGGGACCUCCCGGAGCCUCCCGAGCCCGGCCUACUGCCUAACGGCACCGUCACCCUGCUCUUGAGCAACAAUAAGAUCUCUGGGCUCCGGAAUGGGUCCUUCUUGGGACUGUCCCUGCUGGAGAAGUUGGACCUGAGGAACAACGUCAUCAGCACAGUGCAGCCAGGCGCCUUCCUGGGUCUGGGGGAGUUGAAGCGCUUAGAUCUCUCCAACAACCGGAUUGGCUGUCUCACCUCCGAGACCUUCCAAGGCCUCCCCAGGCUUCUCCGACUAAACAUCUCUGGAAACAUCUUCUCCAGCCUGCAGCCUGGGGUUUUUGAUGAACUGCCAGCCCUUAAGGUUGUGGACUUCGGCACCGAGUUCCUGACAUGUGACUGCCACUUGCAAUGGCUGCUGUCCUGGGCCCGGAAUCAAUCCCUGCAGCUGUCGGAGCGUACACUCUGUGCUUAUCCCAGUGCCCUGCAUGCCCAGGCCCUGGGCGGCCUACAGGAGGCCCAGCUUCGCUGCGAGGGGGCCCUGGAGCUGCACACUCACCAUCUCAUCCCAUCCCUACGCCAAGUGGUUUUCCAGGGUGAUCGGCUGCCCUUCCAGUGCUCCGCCAGCUACCUGGGCAAUGACACCCGCAUCCGCUGGUACCACAACCGGGCCCCUGUGGAGGGUGAUGAGCAGGCAGGCAUCCUCCUGGCCGAGAGUCUCAUCCAUGACUGCACGUUUAUCACCAGUGAGCUGACCCUGUCUCACAUCGGCGUGUGGGCCUCGGGCGAAUGGGAGUGCUCCGUGUCCACGGUCCAGGGCAAUGCCAGCAAGAAGGUGGAGAUUGUGGUGCUGGAGACCUCCGCCUCCUACUGCCCUGCUGAGCGCGUGGCCAACAACCGUGGGGACUUCAGGUGGCCUCGAACUCUGGCUGGUAUCACAGCCUACCAGUCCUGCCUACAGUACCCCUUCACCUCGGUGCCCCUGAGUGGGGGUGCCCCCGGCACCCGAGCCUCCCGCCGUUGUGAUCGAACUGGCCAUUGGGAGCCCGGGGACUACUCCCACUGUCUGUACACCAACGACAUCACCCGGGUGCUCUACACCUUCGUGCUGAUGCCCAUCAAUGCCUCCAACGCUUUGACCCUGGCCCACCAGCUGCGAGUGUACACAGCUGAGGCUGCCAGCUUCUCAGACAUGAUGGAUGUGGUCUAUGUGGCUCAGAUGAUCCAGAAAUUUUUGGGUUAUGUUGACCAGAUCAAAGAGCUAGUGGAAGUGAUGGUGGACAUGGCCAGCAACCUGAUGCUAGUGGACGAGCACCUGCUGUGGCUGGCCCAGCGCGAGGACAAGGCCUGCAGCGGUAUUGUGGGUGCUCUGGAGAGAAUUGGGGGGGCCGCCCUGAGCCCUCACGCCCAGCACAUCUCUGUGAACUCAAGGAACGUGGCAUUGGAGGCCUACCUCAUCAAGCCCCACAGCUAUGUGGGCCUGACCUGCACAGCCUUCCAGAGGAGGGAGGCAGGAGUGCUGGGCGCUCGGCCCGCUGGCUCUGGCCAGCAUCUAUCACUGGAGCUGGAACCACUGGCAGAUCAGCAACUUCGCUUCCGCUGCACCACCGGGAGGCCCAACAUUUCUCUGUCAUCCUUCCACAUCAAGAACAGCGUGGCUCUGGCCUCCAUCCAGCUGCCGCCCAGUCUGUUCUCAUCUCUUCCGGCUGCCCUGGCUCCCCCAGUUUCCCCAGACUGCACCCUGCAACUGCUCGUUUUCCGAAAUGGCCGCCUCUUCCGCAGCCACGGCAACACCUCUCGCCCUGGAGCUGCUGGGCCUGGCAAGAGGCGUGGGGUGGCCACUCCAGUCAUCUUUGCGGGAACCAGUGGCUGUGGCGUGGGAAACCUGACAGAGCCAGUGGCAGUGUCACUGCGGCACUGGGCUGAGGGGGCAGAACCUGUGGCAGCUUGGUGGAGCCAGGAGGGCUCCGGGGGGCCCGGGGGCUGGAGCUUUGAGGGCUGCCAUCUCCGUUCCAGCCAGCCCAAAGCCAGCUCUCUGCACUGCCAGCACUUGGGCAACGUGGCUGUGCUCAUGGAGCUGAGUGCUUUCCCCAGGGAGGUAGGGGGCUCAGGGGCAGGGCUUCAUCCAGUCGUGUACCCCUGUACAGCCCUGCUGCUGCUCUGCCUGUUCUCCACCAUCAUCACCUACAUCCUCAACCACAGCUCCAUCCACGUGUCCCGGAAGGGCUGGCACAUGCUGCUGAACUUGUGCUUCCACAUGGCCAUGACUUCUGCAGUCUUUGCAGGAGGCAUCACACUCACCAACUAUAGGAUGGUCUGCCAGGCGGUGGGCAUCACUCUGCACUACUCCUCAUUGUCCACACUGCUCUGGAUGGGAGUGAAGGCCCGUGUCCUUCACAAGGAGCUCACCUGGAGAGCACCCCCUCCACAAGAAGGGGACUCUACCCCGCCCGCUCCCCGUCCCAUGCUCCGGUUCUAUUUGAUCGCUGGAGGGAUUCCACUCAUUAUCUGUGGCAUCACAGCUGCUGUCAACAUCCACAACUACCGGGACCACAGCCCCUACUGCUGGCUGGUGUGGCGUCCAAGCCUAGGAGCCUUCUACAUUCCCGUGGCUUUGAUUCUGCUGAUCACCUGGAUCUAUUUCCUGUGCGCAGGGCUGCGCUUAAGGGGUCCUCUGGCACAGAGCCCAAAGGGGAGCAUCAAUAGAGUCUCCCUGGAGCCAGGGGAGGAACUGAGGGGUUCCACCAGGCUCAGGAGCAGUGGCCCCCUCUUGAACGACUCAGGUUCCCUUCUGGCUACUGGAAGUACCGGGGUGGUGACACCCGGACCCCCGGAGGAUGGUGAUGGUCUCUAUUCUCCCGGAGUCCAGCUGGGGGCGCUGGUGACCACGCACUUCCUCUACCUGGCCAUGUGGGCCUGUGGGGCUCUGGCCGUGUCGCAGCGCUGGCUGCCCCGGGUGGUGUGCAGCUGUCUGUAUGGGGUGGCGGCCUCCGCACUAGGCCUCUUCAUCUUCACCCACCACUGUGCCAGACGCAGAGACGUUAGGGCCUCCUGGCGUGCCUGCUGCCCCUCUGCCUCGGCCCCCCAUGCCUCCCCCAGAGCUGUGCCCGCUGCCCCAGAGGACGGCUCCCCUGUGUUCGGAGACGCCCCUUCCCUCAAGUCCUCCCCUAGCGGCAGCAGUGGCCACGGUCUGCCCCUGGGCCCCUGCAAACUCACCAACCUGCAGUUGGCCCAGAGUCAGGUGUGUGAGGUGGGGGUGGUGGCUCGCGGGGAAGGGGAUCCCGAGCACACGGGGUCCCGGGGGAGCCUCACCCCCCGCCACCCCAACAACUUGCACCACGGCCGCCGAGUGCACAAGAGUCGGGCCAAGGGGCACCGCGCGGGGGAGGCAGGAGGCAAGAACCGGCUCAAGGCCCUGCGCGGGGGCGCGGCGGCUGGGGGGCCCGAGCUGCUGUCCAGCGAGAGCGGCAGCCUGCACAACAGCCCGUCCGACAGCUACCCCGGCAGCAGCCGCAACAGCCCGGGCGCCGGCCUUCCGCCGGAGGGCGAGCCCAUGCUCACGCCGUCGGAGGGCAGCGACACCAGCGCCGCGCCCCUCUCCGAGGCGGGCCGGCCGGGCCAGCGCCGCAGCGCCAGUCGCGACAAUCUGAAGGGCGGCGCGCUGGAGAAGGAGAGCAAGCGCCGCUCUUACCCGCUCAACACCGCCAGUCUGAACGGCGCCCCCAAGGGGGCCAAGUACGACGACAUCACCUUGACAGGCACCGAGGCGGCCGGGGGCGGCUGCAUGAAGACGGGCCUCUGGAAGAGCGAGACCACCGUCUAGGGUGGGUGGGGCGGCGCCUGAGGACAGGCUGGCCGCUGGCCUGAUCCGACCUCUCGGUGGCCCUCAAAGACGUCGACCGGUACGCCACAGGUUUGAUGCAGAGGUGCCCACGGCUGCAUUCAGGCUCACCAGCUUUAGUCCUAGAGGCUAGGGAAAGGACAGGCAGAGGCCUACGGCUACCAAAAGGGCCAUUCCUCUGGGGUAGCAACAGACAGUCCCAGAACCACAGGCAUGAGCCAUUUCUGCCCCAGCCCUGGCUAGUUUGGGCAGUCAAGUUGCCAGUGCCAUCCAGAGUAAGGGAUAGGUCCUGGCAGCCUGUGGAGUGCCAGCAGAGUGGACAGCCACAGUCCAGCCCGGGUGGGCUCCUUUCCAGGUACUCCCCACGUCUACCCACUCUGCCUCACUGGAGGUCACCAGGCUCAUCAGGAACAGGAUGGCAGCUUGAGAACUGUGUUCCCUCACUGCCCUCUGAAGACAGCUGUGCCGAGACCCUAGAGCCUCCCCCCUAUACAGUUUGUGGCUAACUAGGGAGCCAGUCUAGCAGAUGAGCCAGGUGACCAGAACCAUUGGAGUUAACAAGGUGCUGCUGUUCCAUUAACUAUGCAAGAGGGGAUAGUGGGGGCAGUGUGAAAGGCAGCUUCGGAGGUGAACUAGUCCACUAAAGGGGGGCAGGUGUAAAAGGGUGCAGUGGGAUGCCAUUCCCCCUGGAGUGGCACAUAAACUACCCAGCAGGGCUUACAGGUGGCACUUCAGGACAGAUGCAAGGCCCUCUACCUAAGCAGCCAACUCUGCCAUGUACAUGAGAGCAGCAGAGUAGUGCUUAGAUCUGGGGCUGAACUGUCCUAUAAACAAUGCCCCCAAGAGAGGUCCCAUGGCAAGGGUGCAGGUGGUGGUGUAGAAGCACUUACUGUUCAAUUAUAAGACCCAUAUCCCGUCCCAUGUCUCUGAACACCAUGGGACUGAGGAAGAGCACUUCCCUGCCUCCAGGAGGCCAUUUGGAAGAACACUCCCCACAGUUUGAGCCUCUAGCUCCAUAUUAGGGAGAAACCUCCCAAACAUCAAAACCAGCUUCCUGCCUCACAGAAGCCCAAGCCAAAUCCCUUGAGGCAGUAGGUGGGGUCCCUGCAGCUCACCUGGGGCCCAUGCCUUCAAGAUUUUUAAAUACCAGCAUUCACAUUUUUCCCAACUUAAAAGCAACCACCAGCCAUUUACUAUAGGACCCAAUGAAAGUGGAGGGAAACUUGGACUUAUGAACAACAGGAAAACUAGGCCUGGGCCAGGCCCCCUCCCCAACUGUAUGCCUCCCCUCCCCCCAGUCUGAUCACCAAGGCAAAAGACAUAGGAGAGGGGAGAAAACCCACUGGCCCAGAGGGAUCCUGUUAUUUAUGCUUGCUGCACAGACAAUAUUAGACAGAGGAAAAAAAGCUUUGUAUUAUUCUUCCACAUAUGCUGGCUGCUGUUUACAUACCCUGCCAAUGCCUUAGCACUGGAGAGCUUUUUGCAAUACGCUGGGGAAAGGGGAGGGAGGGGACAUAAGUGCCAAAGAAAACAUGUUUUUAAAGGCUCGGGUUUUAUACAAUAGAAUGUUUUCUAGCAGAUGCCUCUUGUUUUAAUAUAUUAAAAUUUUGCAAAACCCUUUAAGCUAUAACUCUAGUCCACCCACGGUCCUUUUGUUAUGAGGUAGAGGAUAUCAUGACACCACACACAAGCCCACCAACACCUGCAAAGGGACACAGGCCCAGAGUCUCCCAGUUCCUCGGAGGGUUGUUAGCAGGAAUGCCAACUGUCCCACGCCAACAGGGAGGCCCCAUCAGGCCUGCAGCUGCAGUGUGUCCAAUUCAAACCAGGAGAGCCUGCCAUUCUCCCCGUCAUCUAAGGAAAGCCAUCCCACAGAACAUGCAUAUAUGCAACUUGCUCUCUGACACCCAAGGAUGGGACUCUUCCCAACCCACCUGUCCCAGCAUUCCCCGACUGCUACUGUAGGACCUGGGGUGCAAUGAAAUGGUCCCUUUAAACAAGAACUCACACAGACUCAUUACUCUGGAUAUGACAGGCCUAUGAUCAAACUGCUAUAAGAAUGGGUGAGGUACCACCAAUGAAUGUACAUUAUGGAGGGUUAGAAACAUUUGCGACAGCCUGUCUAGCAGCUUGAGCCCUCUGAAAGUCCCUCACUUCCUGAGGGGUACGCAGAUACUGCUCUAUUUCACUAUCAGAAAUGUUCUCAUCACCAGUGAUUGUGGAGACAGAGGGUGGGGGACAGACCCGCUUUGGGGGCUUCAACAUGCAGGGUGGCAGGAGAAGGGCAGGACUAGGUGGUCGCUUUCCCUCAGGCAAAUCUAAGGAACUACUUCCCACCUCCUCUUUUCCUUUUUCCUGUCCUUGCCCCAGUCCCUGAGGCUCCCCCUUCUGGGACUCCGGCUCUGCUGUUCCAUCCCGAAAGGCCUUGCGGACCAAUGUGUGGCGGUGCUGGAGAAGGUCAUCAAUGUGCUUAACCACAGACCGUUUGUUGAGUUUCAAAACCUGCAACCAGGCCAGUUGCUCUGCCAUCUGCAGCAGCACAGCCAGCAAUUCCUGCAAGCGGGAGGAAGCAGGGUAGGGCAGAUCCACAUUGGCCAAUUUACAAAAUCGGGCAAGGGAACAUGUGAGACGAUCUGAAGGCUGCAGUGACUGCCAAGCCAGGAAAGUAGCAGCAGUGAUCACAGGCAAGGGAUGCCGCCCGGUGACCAGCCACGUCUCGUCUGCCAGCUCCACCAACUGCAAUGUUCGUGACAGCAUCUUCUCCUUGUCUUCCACGUAUUUGGCUGGCACAGAGGGGGAGGCCUGGAACAGUCUGAAGCUGAAACAAUCAAAAUGAGGGUCUGGUCUCAAUGACUAUAGGAA